AUGGCACAAAAUUCCUCAUCCCCUGUUCCCAAAAGUCAAAGUGCUUCAUAUACAAUUCCUCCCGAAACUCUCUCCGCCUUCCGAGCAAACCCAUGGACCGCUUCAUUCAUCUCUAAAGGAGACUAUUUCCCCAUCGAGACAUCUGCACGUGUUAAGAAGCCAUUGGGCGAGGACGCCUUCAUUGCCGAAACUAUUGCCACACCUACCACGAUCCCACACUGCCUGACCCUCCAGCACCGCAACCCCAUUGCGCCAGCUUCAGAGCCGCCCUCUCUGCCCGCACCGCCAGCAAAAUGGCCGAAAAUAACGACACCGCCGAAUAUUGUAACUCUUUUUGAGUUUGGCAACCCGGGAAUCAGUGGGCAUCCCAAUACCGCCCACGGUGGAGUCAUCUCGACACUAAUUGAUGAGAUGAUGUCUGUUGCGAUUGCCAUGCAUAUUCCUGGGUACACAUUUAAUGAAGCCACAGAAAGGGGGCGGAUAUAUACACUACAACUGGACGUACGGUUUAGAAACCCGGUAUAUGUUCCCGGCCCGGCAGUGUUGAAGACCUGGUGUAUAUCCAAAGUUGGGAGGAAGUUUUGGCUGAGGGCGCAGGUGCUGCAAGAGGAAGGGUUGGGCGAUGAGAAGGCCGCUGCUCAACCUCUGGAGUGGGCGAAGAAAAAGGUGGUAUGUACAGAGGCGUUGGGGUUCUUCCUGCAACUUCCAAGUGAAAAGUUAUGA